ACAAUAGGGUCCCGCCUAUUGUUUUCGCUCCUCUGUCCGUCCGUCCGUCUGUCUGUCACCAGGCUGUAUCUCAUGAACCGUGAUAGUUAGAGAGUUGAAAUUUUCACAGAUGAUAGAUUUCUGUUGCCGCUAUAACAACAAAUACUGAAAACUAUAAUAUAAUAAUAUAUGUCGAGGGGCUCUCAUACAACAAACGUGAUUUUUUUGCUCAUUUUUGCUCGAUAUCCAUAAAUAUAUAUAGAAUACUAGCUGUUGCCCGCGACUUCGUCUGCGUGGGCAAUAUAGAAUUUUAUAUAGCCUAUGGAAUGUCACUAUCACAAAGGAUCACCAAAGUAAAGAAUGUUCUCGCGCACGAAGCCACAAAUAUAGAAGGAUGCACUCAUAGAUAUCGUAACUCGUAACACGUGCUCUGAAAUGCGACAGGAUGGAUUGACAUAUUAGUUGGUUGUCAAAUCUAAUGUCAAAUAUUAUGAUUGCGUUCAGAAAUUUAACUUAAGAUUUAUAAUUUAAUUUCUGACAAAACUGAAGAUUUAUCUUUCGAUUUCUAUAUAGUCUUAUUAAAAAAAUAAUCGGACAGAUUAACAACUGAAGUUGGUUAAAAUUGAGUUUCUCGAAGCCGACCACUAUCUAUGUACUAUGUAUUUUGAGACUAUGCAAUUUUGUCGCGUUUGUUGAGUUUCAGAACGCGAUAUUAGAUCCUCCAACGCGCACGCGAAUUUGAACUUUAUAAAGCGGUAAUAAAUUACAAAUUGACUCUCCAUUUUAUUUAGAAAACGUUUGUAUGGGAAAUAGAAAAAUGCUGUUUUGAAGAUUUUCCCGGCAAUUAUUAGAAUUUUUCUCACCUUUUAAACCUUCCCUGGAUCUCUACAAACAUUUUAAAACCAAAAUCAGCUCAAUCGGCCCAGCCGUUCUCGAGUUUUAGCGAGACUAACGAACAGCAAUUCAUUUUUAUAUAUAUAGAGAUAUAUAGAGAUUAGUUUGUAUAGCACGGAACCCUACGUGCGCGAGUCCGACUCGCACUUGGCCGGUUUUUUUUACUGUUAGUUCACGCCCGGCUUUACCUUAUAUGUCAUACGUUACCAUUAUAUCUAUUGGUAAAGCGUGUGUUUUUCGCAUCUCGUAGUACAUUUGCUGCGGACUGCUACGGAAGCUACGAGCGCUACGACGCUACGUAGCACGUGUAGCCGCCGGAGGCGCUCGGUGCUGAACGUAACAACAGACUGAUACUUACUACACUGCCGAGCUACGCCUGAUUGUUGUGUGCUUUCUUAUAACGUCGUACAUUCCCGAACCACUCUGUGGUACUCGUGUCACACAGUUCUAAAAUGUUACCACUACACAAACACUAAAUUCUUGCUAUGAAUUCCGUCACUGUUAUCUAUCGCAUAAAAAAUGAAAACUUACAGCUCGACUACGGUAACUAGUCUCGCCGCUUCCAAAACCACCGACCAAAUGCAAUAACCAUCUCGGCCAAUCAAACGAUUUUUUAAUGCUUUUAGUUUUAGCUUCUGUACAAGAAUAGUUCUUAAUGUAAAUAUUUUUAUGGACUAAAUAAAAAAUAUUGAAUGAAACGACUAAUAAAUGACCUAAUCAGGUUAAGAGAACACUGCAAACUUUUAGUCAGCCGAUAGUUUGUUUGAGCUCAUAAUCUAGAUGGAUGAUGAUAAUAUAAUCGGUCACGGAGGCUGCUGUUAUCGUUUAGAGUUAGCCAACUGCGAAGGGCAUGUUAUAGUGCACAAGCAUGUGCACGAACACAAGUGCAACACCGGAGAGAGAUCAGACUCCGGGAAACUUAGUGAAAGUUUCUGAAACCCACAAAGCGAAUGCGGGCCGGUGCACGACCCGGAAAUCAAACCCGAUCCCUCAUGUACAGCAGCCACGCUAUGCGACAGCUAGACAUACAUUAUAAAUAUCAGGUUGUUUUAGCAUCAGCACCUGCAACACAAGCCAAUAAAUAAGUUUAUCAUGGGGCUAACCGACCGUGUGUGCAAGAUAUAUUAUUAUUAUUUCUCGUUACUUUUUAAAUACCUCACAUCUAUACGUGGGUGAAAUUGGCACGGGCCGAAGCCAGGUACGGUUAAGUAGAAUUAAUUGUUGUUAUUAAGUAUUUAAUCAUGUUCGGGUUAAUCUGCAUGUGUUUACAACAGCUUUUUUCUGGAAUAGAAUAGAAUAGAACCUAUAAAUAGAUAUAAGUAGACAGACUAAUUAUCAAUAACUUAGGCUAUUGUACAGGUUGUUUGGGAUGACUCCUGCUAGAUAUUUUGCUGGAUAGUAUGAUAGAAUUGUCUUGACAUGGGUAAUAUUCCAGUGUGUUAGUAUCAAGAGGGCAACAGGGACAUGAGCGGCUGAAAGGUUGGAAAGCCGGCGCGGGCGCGGGUCGCGGUGUGCGGGGCGCGGGGCGCGGGCGGGGGGAGACAUGCCGCCGCUGCUGCCGCUGCUGCUGGCGCUGCUCGUGCCGCGUUUGCGCGCGGAGCUGACGAUGCGCGCGCCGGUGCUGGUGCGCGAGCCGCCGCCGCGCGUGACGUACGCGGCGCGCGCCGGCGUGCGGCUCACGUGCGCCGCGCGCGCAGACCCGCCGCCCGACAUCACGUGGCUCGCCGACGACGGCGCCGUGCUGCGGGACCUGCCGCCGCACAGGCGCAUAUACAACAACGGCACGCUGGAGAUAUUGGCGACGAGCGCGCACGCGGCGGCGGCGCAGACGACGGUGCGGUGCCGCGCCGCCAACGCGCACGGCGUGACACUGUCGCGCGACGUGACGCUGGUGCCGGUGGGCGAGGCGGCGUGGGAGGCGGCGGCGCGCGCGGCGGACGCGGCGGCGGGCGCGGUGGCGGCCGUGCACUGCGGCGCCGCCGACCCGCUGGUGCGCGCCGAGCUCUGGUACCGCGGCGACGCGCUGCUGCACCUCGACCCGCCCGCGCCAGAGUCGCGCUACCUGGUGGCGGGCAACACGCUGCUGAUCCGCGAGGCGGGCGCGGCGGACGCGGGCGCGUACAGCUGCCUGGCGCGCCACGCGCUGACCGGCGCGGCCCGGCGCGCGCGCCCCGCCACGCUGUCGGUGCGCGGCGCGGGCCCCGCGUCGGCGCCGCGCCUGCUGGCCGCGCCCGCCGAGCUCAGCGUGCCGGCCGGCCAGCUCGUGUGUCUGCCGUGCGUCGCCUCCGACCACCCCCCGCCGCAGUACACGUACGCAUUGUCUAUCAUGUUAAUACAUGACCAAAACGCUUAAGCUCUUCACUAAGUUAAUAUCACGUAUGCUGCUACUACUUCUUCUUUCUUUCUCCUGCCCUGUUCCCAAAUUUUACUUGGGGUCGGCGCAAUAUGUCAUUUUCUUCCAUUUUCCCCUGUCACUCGUCAUACUGACACUCACUCCCUUCCUAUUCAUAUCAUCUUACAGGCAAUCCAUCCAUCUUUUCUUAGGUCUUCCUCUUCCUCUCCAUCCAUCUACAGCUGCUACUACUUCUAAUGGCUUAAUAAGUUUUUAGAUAAUAUGUUUUGCACCCUGUAUUCGGUUUUAUCUGCUAGGUUAGGAUUCUUUUAUUAAUUAAUCUUCUUCGGUUUUAUCUAAGUACAUAGUUAUAUUUAGUUUCUUUUAUUUCAUCAUCAUCAUCACCCGAGCCUUUACCCAAUUGUUGGGGUCGGCUUCCAGUCUAGCCGGAUUCAGUUGAGUACCAGUGUUUAACAAGGAGCUACUGCCUAUCUGACCUCCUCAACCCAAGUACUCCGGCAACCCAA